AUGUCGGACCAUGAUGCGGUCGCAGGGCCAGAGGACCUCACCAAUGCGAGCGAAGCACAAGAACCCAGCUCAAGCUUCGCCGACAACUCCUAUCUGAGUUACCUGAUCCCCUCCAAGACGGACCUUGACCUUGGAUCAGCUGUGGAGGAAGCAAAGGAGCAGGGGAAACCCAUACUUGAGUCUAUAGAGGCGCGAGACUCUCUGUACUUUGAUGAGACGGCCACUGUCCUGCUCAUCCUCAAGUGUCCAUGGCUGGGGGAUGAAGAGCUUGCCGAGCAAAUUCGCAGGCUCGUGGUCUCUCUAGAGGUGCAAAUCAUCAAUCGCAGCGCCCCGGGGAGGGAGUCACCACCUGCCGCCGAGACAAUCUUCACCGGCCACGUUGCGGACGUUUCUGACGCUUUCAUCGCGACCGAGGAGCAUGGGGUCUCCGAUGAGGGUGCAUCACAGAAACAUGCGUACGCGAUGUGGAAAAUACCCGUCUUUCUCGCGCGCCCACGAAUGCGCCCUCAUCAACCGUCGGUUGUCUUCUCGGCAUCAGCCAGCAUCAAGCCCGAGGUUGCGGGCGAGCUCAGCGCGCGAGGUACUGGCUAUCUCCAGAGCGGCCUUCCAAUGAGCUUCAACCUCCUUGAGUCCUUCGCCGAUGAUCCCGCGCUCAACGGCGUGAAACCCCGGCUGUCAGCCUUGCGCGUGUCUCGCGUGGCGCCUGUGACAAGGCAGCAGGAUCUCAUGACCCAUCUCCGCGCGCUGCCGCAGCUCAAGCUCAACAUAUCGCCCGUCAUACACACGAGGAUACGCUUCUCCCGCCCCAAUACAGUGCCCUUGAGCUCUGCCGUGAUAGCGCUCCUGGAGGUCGACUUCACGCCAAACUUUGAGUGCGAGGCCCUACUGGACGAGAUCAAAUUGCAAACACCAGACGGCACCGUCGAGAGCCUAAAUGACGGCACCGCCAUGAAGCUGCCCCUGAGCUGCGUAGCCCACGACCACAUAACCUUCCUCUACCACAUCAGGCCGCAUCAGAACGACUCUGCCCCCAAGCCCGUCACCGGCACGCUCGACAUCUCCAUAUCCGCAUCUGUUCUGGUUGAGCCAGGGUUCUGCGUUCCUCGCCUAUCCAUGGCCUGGAGCACUACUCUCGACUUCACCAUCCCCGUCAACCCCAGCUUUGGCACGGCUGCUGAAACGGGCAUUCAGCGUUCUCAUCGGCCCGCGCAGCUCUCUAUCGGCAGUGGAACGGUCAUGACACCUCUGAAGUCUCCCUCCGUUACCCAACCCGAUGCCCUCCCCGCCCUCGAAGCAUCCACUAAUCGCACCGAGGCAUCCCUCCCCGAUCUUGGCAUCACCAUGUCCUUCACCGCACCCAACGAGCCCGUGCGCGCUGGCGACAUAUUCUCCUGGACCGUCUACGUUGUCAACAGGACUGCCGAGAAGACGUCCCGACCACCGCGUAAGCUAGCCCUGGUCGCGAUUCCGAAGCGGCGGCGUAAUGACUCGAGACCUGUUCGACCGCCAUCGACCGCGUCUAGACGCCAAGGGGAGAAGGAAGUUGCCGAUGCGGUGCUGGACGAGAACGUCUUGCAUGCUAUGCAAAAGAGCUCGGUAGUCGACACCACUGAUGUUGUUUGCCUCAGCAGUGAUACUCGGGUGGGCCCUUUGGCUCCUGGGGCGUGUCAUGUCGUCGAGCUGCAGUUCCUCGCACUGAGGGAGGGUGUCGUUGCUGUUGACGCUAUACGGGUCGUGGACUUGGGCUCUCAGGAGCAUGUUGAUAUUAGAGACUUGCCCACCAUGGUAGUCGAGCCAGCAGCAGCCUGA